AUGUCGAAUUUUAAUUCCACGCCACCAUUAAAUCGCACGAGUAACUCUGAUAACGACCAAGGAGAAUUCCUGGCGCUAAGGAUUAUUCAAGGGAUCGGGAUGUGCUUAUUUAUUCUUACUGGGAUUCCCGGGAACUUUUUAGUAUGUUAUCUGGUUCGGAGAACGCGACGACUUCGAACAGUCACAAAUUUGAUUAUCAGUAAUCUAGCCGUUGCGGACCUGGGGAUGUGUCUCUUUAACAUCCCCGUUUCCUUGGUAACUGUCAUUUAUAACCGUUGGGUAUUGACUGAUUUUGUAUGCCAGAUCGCAGGUUUCACUAACUCGUUAUUCCUCUUCGAAGCCUUGUGGUCUCUUGCCUUGGUUAGCAUUAGUAGAUACUGGUGUAUCGUGCAGCCUGGUAAAUUCUCCGCCAUUUUUACACGCCGCCGAACCUUGGCCAUGAUCACGGCAACGUGGAUCCUGUCGCUUCUCUGUGCCCUGCCACCCUUAUUUGAUUGGUCUAAAUAUGUCUUUACAGUCGGUAAAUCAACGUGCUAUUUCAACCUAAAUGAGCACUUCCCGUACACAAUUAUAUUAGCCAUUGUAGUGUUUAUUUUGCCUUAUAUUUUGAUUACAGUUCCUUACUACCGGAUCUUUCGUUUUAUCCGUGGUCACAGCCGAAGAAUGAGCAUCAACAGUAUAUCUGCAAGUUUCAGAAAGGCAACCCGUUCUACCUUUCAAGACUUCAAAGUAACAAAAUUAUUGCUUGUGGUUGUCUGUGUCUUCGUAGCCUGUUGGACCCCACACAUUAUUGUUAAUCUCAUGAACGGUUUUGGCAUCAUUCAAUCGAUUCCACGAAUUUUGAACGCCAUGAGCACGUUUUUAACUUUCCUUUCCAGUUCUUGCAAUCCGUUUAUCUAUGGUCUCAUGAACAAUAAGUUUCGCAAGGGUUUUCGUGCAGUUCUCUGCGCACCUUGCCAAAAAUUCGCUAAGCAAAAGACACCUAUGCUAGAAAGGAAAAUAAGCGGCGAAACUACCAGGAACUUAAGUUCAAGAUCAAGAAGUAGUCACAGGAGAGAAUGGAGAGUUGUAACAGAGACAAGGAACACAGUUUACGAGUCAUGUGUAUAA